GCAUCCAAGGUGCGCGCAUCAGGGGGAGCGAGGGGAGCGGGGGGAGGGGGGGGGGAGGGGAGCAUGGGGGAAGGGGGAGCGGGGGGGAGGAGGGGGGAAAGUGGAGGGAAAACGGGGGGGGGGGCUGGAACAACACAGGAGGGGAGAAAAAGGAGAAUAGUGGGGGAUAGUGAAGUGUGGACGGAAAUCCUCACCACAGUGCGCCGGAACUACCCCUUCUUCAACCGCACCAACGGCCGAGAUCACUUCAGCAUCCUCACGCUCGAUCACGGCCGUUGCCACUCGCUCACGUUCGUGGACCCGGGCCUCGUGGGCGAGAUGUUCUUUGUGACUUAUAACGGGGACAAGCUUGUGAGGAGUGUGCACGCGAGCAAGGAGCGCAGCAUGCAGGCCAUAACAUACAACUACAGGAUCCCAGUGGACCCCUCUCUGCCAGACAUCCCCUGCUACCUGCCGGAUCGAGACAUUGUCGUGCCCGUGCUCGUGGCCAAGGGGCUGCCACUGGUGGCGCCGUGGGAGGGCGAGAGGGACCGCACCGUGCUGUUCCGGUUUGGUGCGGGGCAACAUCACGGGGUGCCGAUUUGGCAUCACGGGCAUCAAAUACGCAAGGAGUUGCUGGAGCUGUACACGCAUGCAGGGUACGAGGGGUGGGACUUUGCAGAGAAGGGCGAGGGGGAGACCGACCCUGACUGGCGAAGAGCUGUCUUCUGCAUCUGCCCGCCCGGCCACUCCCAGUGGACCAGCCGCCCCUUCAAGGCGCUCAUCUCGGGGUGCAUCCCAGUGACGUUCUUCCGCGGGCACGACAAUCCCUGGGACGACGAGCUGGACUGCUCCACCGUGUUCCCCCAAACAUGCCACCUCUCCCCCCCCACCCACUCCCCUCUUCCCCCAACCAUACGCUCAUCUCAGGGGUGCAUCCCAGUGACGUUCUUCCGAGGACACGACAACCCGUGGGACGACGAGCUGGACUACUCCACCGUGUCAGUUAACAUCGACCCGGACGAGCUGCACACGCUCAAGGAGAGGCUUGACGCCGUUCCCAUCAAGAAGCUGCAGCGGAACAUUGAGCAGAUUCAGCUGGACUACUCCACAGUGUCAGUCAGCAUCGACCCGGCCGAGCUGCACACGCUCAAGGAGCGGCUUGACGCUGUGCCGAUUAAAAAGCUGCAGCGCAACAUCGAGCAGAUUCAGGUGGGUGUGUGGGCGGGUACGAGUCAGGUUGUAUGUAUGCAUGAGGAGGAGUCACGACAACCCCUGGACUAUUCCACCUGGACUAUUCCACCUGGACUAUUCCACCUGGACUAUUCCACCUGGACUAUUCCACCGUGGCGGUCGACAUUGUUAGAUGUCCGGGAUUUUAUUUGA